AUGGCACGUCUUACAGCUAACCUCAUUCUAGCGACGUUCGCUUUCGUCACCGUUAUUCCCACCCUUUCCGCGGGAAUAAUCGGGGAAGAAACCCUGACCUGCACUCACUAUGCCCAAGCAAACACCGAGUCUGCCACUUGCGGUGAUCGACCAACUGUUGUUUGCUCACGAAAAUGUACCGGUGGAGUUGUUGUUGAUGGCUGCUCCUUGGCACAGCAGUCAUCCGCGUCUUCGACGCGUCAAACCUGCACUAUUGGCUUCAGCCAAACCUCGGCGACCAAUAGCAUUUGUGUCAAUGCACAGGGUUCUUUCUCGUGCUCCGGUGUCCCAACUGGCCAAGCCACUUGCUCGGGAUGCGUGGACUCACAGCAAUCAGUGCUCCAGUCGGGCCCAGUACUCGGUGCUCUGGGCAGCAGUGCAGCCGCCGUUGUCCCGGCGGUUGCCGCCAGUCCUUCCGCCCCGAUCGUUUCCCAAAACCAUACAGCCAACGCGUCGCCUUCUAAAACAUCGGCUCUGCCUGUUGCUCAAGUUGGAGCUGUUACCCCAAUUGCUGCUCAAAUUAUCCAGCCCGCUGUAGUCGCCAGUUCUCCUACUUAUUCUCAACCUGGCACGCCCAACAGUACUACAAUUGUAUACUCUGCUAUUCCUGCAAGCCAAGAUGAAGCUCCGUUAGAGGAUGACAACACUACCUCAUCAGCUUCCUCGGUUUACUUGAAAAACUCGGCGCAGCUCGUUGUCACCAUUGGGAUCAUGGCCGUCGGAGCUGUCACGCUAUGA